AGUCCGUUCGCCGAUCUGUAGCUGUGUUGGUUCGCUAUUUCGUCCGUUGAUGACCUUCCGUAUCGUUUGCCUCGUCUUUCAAUUGACAGGGAGACCGGAAUGUCACAUUCAUGACCGCAUCGUUAAUACAUAAUGACGUCGAGUGCUAUCACAACCGUUUCUGCGUCACCACUUGACGCGUAUUUGCCAUUUCUUAUGGUUUUCGGAGGCUGUUGCCUGGCGAUGGUAUUUUUCGAAAAGGCUUUGAAACAGGAUCCGGGAAGCGGCAACUUCCUUACCUUCACCGAGCUCUGCUUUAUCGCGCUGGAAAAUCUGCCCCGGCGGUUUAUUUUCGGCCGGAAAAAUGAGGGUGGCGGCAGCCUGAUCACAUUCCAGCCACUGGUCGCCGCAAGAUCGGAUCACCUAAAGCAUGCCGUCUUGUUCGUCAGCAUGAGUUGGCUAGUCAACUACGCGUUUUCCUUCAAUAUCGCCGUACCCAUUUAUGACACUGCAGAACUCGGCCGACCUUCAUUCUUGCUUCUGGCGACUGGCUUCGUACGUUGUCGUUUUAUAUAUUAGGGCUGUGGCGAUUGACAGUGUCUACUUCUCUGAACAAGGGCUUGCUUCCUUCCACGUACUCGUGAAGGACAAAAUUUUUUAUGUCAAUAUCUUUCUAUGAGAAGUGCUGCAAGAGUUGACAACCUUCAGCACGAAUUUGAAACGCAUCAUGUACCCCGAGCUAAAAAAUGCAAUUGCCAGGAGUAGCGGGCGAGUCGAAAGCCAGGAAAGAACGCCGUCGGUCGUAAUUUUUUUACAGCCAUGCCAACCACACCGUCGUGCGAUCAUGCAAUGUCGUUGCGACAUUGCUAAUUGGCUUUUUCUUGUAUCCAGUCGAAAGCUUCGGCAGAAAGUCUUUGGGAUUACAACUUAUUGCACUCGGUUUGAAUAUGUUAUGCUAAAAAACGUGUUACGUACACGUAUCCGUGUUACGAUCCUAAUUCGUAUCGUGUUUCUAGUGGUACAAGCAACUCCAUUCAAAGCCUAUGGUCCAUAGACCGAUAAUGAUUAGGUAUUGCGGAGCCGCCGGGGAGGUAGGAUUAGUUGCAGUUUUUUGGCAAUUUGUUGUUUGCUUCUGGUGGAAACCGAAGACCGAAACGGGAAACAAGCUCUGCGUUGUGUGAGUAGAUAAAUCUUUCCCAGAGUAGUAUGGUCCAUAGUACUUACGUAGAGGUCAGCCUUUAUCUUGAUCUUAUCCUGUCGAAGUUUUUGCAAUUUUUGUCAUACGUUUUUUCGAUGUACCUAUUCCAAGACGCAGUGCGUAGCGUCGGUGCUGGUGACGAUCGGAAUUCUCCUCGCUACUCUAGCAGACGCAAAGGUCGUCGCGGCUUGCCAGAAUGUGCCAAGUGUGUGGCAGUGCCUGUUUCCGCAGGGAGUACCAGAGUCUGGGGCCGCGGGAAACGAUUCGUUUCUUGUUUGGCUGGUCGGGAUACAGGUACUGCUUCUCUGUCUUGUCACGCAGUCGUUCCUGGGUCACAUACAGCGCAACAUGUUACGAAAAGUGCUGCCAUGCGUUGCCCAUGAAUGAAAUGGAGGUUCUGUCUGCAAUCAUGAUAAUACCAGGCUCGCACAAGAGCGACGGAGUUCCGCAUGUGCUGUGGUUCUUGCACGCCUCUCAGAAAAAUAAAUGCCUCUACCUAUGGUCGUUUUUUGUUGACAUUAUAUCGGUUACCUUGCAUUUGAUGCCCACCCUGAGGACAUCAUAUCACUUUGAGGCUUACCCUACAUGAAUCUGUGCGGGAAAGGAGCAACAUCUUAUACGAAAAACAGAAAAUUUCGAGCCGUUAGCUAUCAUCUACUCGUACUCCUCUGUUGCAACAAGCAUGGUGGAUUUCUCAUUUGCAUACGACUACGAUCCUUACCUCCAGCGGGAGCAGGAACCCAAAGUUUCAAAGAACGAGCUUGCAGAGGAGUUUCUUUACACCUCAUCCAUCGCGUCCCUGCUCGGUUGCGUCGUGUUCUGGGACGAGAUCAAACUUCACUGGGGUAUUUAUUUUGUGGACAUGAUUCGGAAAACGAAAAACAAAAAUACGAUUUGAUGAAUCGAAAACCAAAUGUGCAUAAUGAAAAAUUCCAUUUGUGACAAGUAAGCUGCAAGCAUGUAGAAGUAUGUGGUUAACGCAGGUAACGCGUGGGCCUCUCCGGCAGCUUUUACACUGGACCUGCCGGCCGUCGUGCCCUCGUUGAUGUCCUCUGGCGAAAAUGGCGGCAACAAUUACAUUUCUGUGAGCAUCCCGUUGCAGUGGUGCUACAUUCUCGCAAACAACGUGGCACAAGCUUGCUGUCUAAAAGGUGUUUUUUACCUCUCGACCCGUUACUCCGCGCUCACGGUGUGCUAGCAAAACUUGAGUCAGGUCGAGGAGAGAAUUUUCUUCUCUGAUUUACCAGAAGCAUGUUUGUAAUUUGGGUAAGUAUUCCUAUGUAUUUCUUUCCUGUUAAAUUCGGGUACACCACCAUCAACAUGCAGGUGCGAACAAAAUGAAAAUUCUAGUUCCAACUGAUUCAGGAUUUUUCUAGGAUUCCGUGUGAACAUCACGCUUUCGAUGCGGAAAUUUUUUACCGUGGUCUUCUCGAUUCUGUAGUAUCUCUCGAAAACCGCAUGAAGCAGAAGCGCGAGCCUUGGUUGCAUUCUUUCUUUCUCUCGCGCGAAUCGGUAUCAUGAGAAAGAGGAUGUCAAAGACAAAUUCAACCGAGGCGUGUGUUUAUGCUCAGUGCAGCUUUUCAUUUGAUGCGUACUUUCAGAAUCCUUGGUCCCUGCAGCACAGCGUCGCGGCCCUCUUCGUUUUUGGUGGUGGAUUGCUGUACUCGAGCGGAGAACUUCUUUUCAGCAGCAUGAAGAGGCUUUAUUCCGCGAGGACUGCAGAUGAAGACGCAGCUGCAGGUGCGGAUAUCUCCGAAAAGAGCAGUGCGAUAGGCACGCGAAAGACCCCGGCAUCGUCCGCAAACGACGGCAGUAGAAAUGCUUCGGGAAAAGAAAGAGAGCUGAAUUCUUCAUUGGAAAUGAAAAAGACGAAAUGAAAAAGGAUAUCGUGGCGACACAUGAAUAUGCAUUCAUCCUAGUUCUAGUUCAUGUUUUAAUUGCAUUACAGGUGUAAUGUUGCUGCUGCAAGUGCAACAGGAACAGGCAGAUGCCAGAUGAGACCGACGUGCAGGUUUUCGGCAGCGCUUAUUGGUAGUUGAAGGAUCAGCGUUUAACACGGGAAUACGAAUACAAUGAAUCACAACAGCAAUACCCCCAAUGCACAUAGUUUUCGGCAAUAGAAUAGGAGGACAAGGGGAC